CACUUCUCCUCCCCUUCCCACGCCCGGCUCUUUCCCUUGACAUAAAACCAGUCCAGACAGUGCUGGAGAAGUCUUGAUGGAGCAGGAGGUGAAGUGGAAUGGUUCAGAGCAGGUAGAAAUUAAUGACAUGUCUCCCAGGAGCGAAGGAUUCUCCAAGCUGCCCAGCAUUGGCCAGCAGACCUGUGGGAAGGCCACAGUGCUGCUCUUUGUGGUUCUGUUGAUUUCGGUGGUCUUAUGGGCGAGUCUCCUCUUCCUGCUCCUGAGUAGAACUGCAGAGAUGUCACAGGACCUGCAGCAGCUGCAGGAGAAGGAAAGUCUGAGAAAGAACGACUCGGGUAUCCUGAGCGUGUUGAAACAGCUCCAGGACCAUCAGACUAUGCUGAAGAAUACUGAGGAAGCCCUGCAGAAGGACUUGGAGAUGGUGAAGUCCGAACAAGCGACUGCCAAAUUCACUUCAACUCAGCUCUCCCGCUCAUUGGAGAAAUUCCGGGAUGACCAGACCUCCCUAAAAUCCCAGGUGUUGAAUGAGAACAGCGCUGCUCAGCAGGAACGAGGCCAGAUCCAAGGCCAGGUGGAGAGGCUGUGGAUCGAGCUCCAGAGAAUGAAUGUAGGAGGGUGGCCACUCCCACAGAUCUGGACCCCAUCUCCCGGGCCUGAACUCUCUCACCCCCCAGGGUCCUCCUGCUUGAAAUGCCCAGAUAACUGGCAGCUGUUUCAGAAGAACUGCUAUUACUUUGGGGAGGAAAUCAAGACCUGGAUCCAAGCCAAGUCCGCUUGCCUUGCCCAGCUGGGGCACCUGGUCAUCAUCCACAGCAAGGAAGAACAGGCAUUUUUGACAAAAAAGGCCACCAAAAAGGGCUACUGGAUUGGGCUUCGAAACUCAGCCUUGGAGGAACAACUUCUCUGGGUCGACGGCUCUUCGUUAGACUACACCAACUGGAAUUUGGGAGAGCCAAACAACCAGGGCCAGGGAGAGGACUGUGUAAUGAUGCGGAGCAACGGCAAGUGGAAUGACGCCACAUGCCGGGGAGGGCAGGAGGGCUGGAUCUGCGAGAAGCUGGCCAUCUGCUGACCGGCGGGCCUGCCGGAGGCCAGAGGCCUGGCACCACGACCGGAGCCUGACCCCGUUCCGCUCCACCCUCCUCAGACAGUUAGGAUGGUCCUGUCAGGAGAAACUUCCUGCACGGGGGCAGCUCCAACCCGGGGUCGAGAGCCCUGCUUCCAUUCCAAGAGACUGGAGAGCAAUCUCCUCUGGCUCCCCGGGAACUACAGCUCUCUUCCGCAACCUCUUCUCCCUCUUCAUCCCCAAACUUCCCUCCCUGCCCAGAGCCGGGAGCUGAGUCUUUCCUCCCAGCUGGAGCUCUCUGCAUGAAUGGACUUGACAGGAACUCCAAACUCUCUGAGUCCAUGCCUGCAGGAGGGCAGCAAGGGGAGCACAGGGUCCACACAGUCCCCUACCCUCCCUGCCCCCACCGCCUUGGGUCACAAGUCUCCUUCUCGCCCAAAGAUUGGGUACCAAGGGCGGGCGGGGGACGGGGGACUUCCUGGGUCAUGCAGGUCCUGCUCUAGGAGCCAAGUGCCCCAACUCUGAGCUCCAUUUGCCUAGGGCCUCCCAGGGGGCUCUUGCAGAACCAGGAUCUGAGCGGCUCAGAUCUCAGGAGCGAAGGGUUCUCCCAUGCUUUCUGGGAAGUUCUCCUCGGGGAUGAGACUCUCUGUGGGAAGCUGAGGUGUGGCCUCAUCAAUGACUGGGUCACCUUUCUGCCUUUUCAUUGUACAAGAAGUGGUUAUAAGCAAAAUAAAGACUAGCUUACCUGCCGCUGGA